GGCAUGGAUUAUCAUACUAAUCUCUUCUGGCUUCCAGUAAUCAUCUCUCCUAAAAAUGCAUCGCAACACACUCUUCGCAUUGGCUCUGGCGUUCUGCGCCCUCCACAUGGCCAACUCUGUCCUGAUUCUGGAAUCCUCCGGAGUGGCCUCCCUGGCCAUUCCAGCCGUCACUCUCACCACCGGCACCAUCGGCGUGGGCGUGACCUCCUCCGCGGCAGCCGCUGCCGCUCUGGCGGGCGUCGGAGCCCUAGCGGCGGCGGGCGUCAUCGUGGCGGCGAGAGCCGCCAGCGGGAACGGAAAGCGCUCCGCCCCGACCUGCCUCCCGGUCAACAAUCCCGAGCUCUUCAUCACCUUGGCCGCGAACUCGGACAAGCUCGGCUGCGGGAUGCGACUCGUCUGCGAACUGGAAGCCACACCCGACGAGGCCCUCACCCAGGACGAGAAGCUCAUCCUGGCCCUCUUCGGCCGCGCCCCUCUCCCCGUCAACUUCGAGGAGCUCAACACGCCCAAGGCCGGCUUCCAGUACGCGGCCUUCGUGGGAUCCAAGGCCGGCUCCGCCUCCGAAUGCGCCAGCGUCUUCAACGCGUGCCCCUUCGAUCGCGCCACCAUGAUCGAGGCGUUCCACAGGAGCGGCACUAACGCCCUCUGAGUUCAGUCGUUCAUUUGCUGGUCAAUGAAGUGUCAUUUUUUCUCUUUUGUCUUCUCCGGUCUUAUUUUUAUUCAGCAAUUUUUAUUUCAACGUCACGAAUCUUUGUUAUAGCCUUAGUCAUGUCUUCGGGUUUAUAUUGUUCUUCCUUCGGUAGUGACUGUAGUUUUUUUUCGAUAUUGCUCCUGCUUGUAGUCAAUUAUUUUUCUAAUAAAUAAGAAUUUUUUUCGUUA